AUGGCCGCAAUUGGAUCUUCUACCCAAAGAAACAUCGUUAUCCUUGGUGGUUCCUAUGGGGGAAUCUCGAUCGCCCACUACGUCCUCAAACACGUAAUUCCCAAGCUCCCCACGCCCGAAACCUACAAAGUCAUCCUCGUCAGCAAAGCCUCGGAAGCGCUAUGCCGUCCAGCCUGUCCUCGCGCAUUGGUUUCUGACAGUUUACUUCCACACGAAAAGAUUUUUGCAAACAUUCCAAACCAGUUCCUACAGUAUCAAAGUAUGAAUUUUCAGUUCAUCAGAGGAACUGUGUCUGAUCUAGAUCAUACCAAUCGAAUUGUUCGCAUUUCCCUGGCCGACAGUGAGCCAGUUGAGACGUUGAACUUUCACGCAGUGGUGAUUGCCACCGGUGCAUCGACGCAUUCCCCCCUUCUUGGCCUUACCGGCAAUGAAGGCAAGCUCAAAGCCGACUGGGCUUCGUUCCGGGAAGCUCUAACCUUUGCAAAGAGUAUUGUCAUUGCCGGCGGAGGCCCAAGUGGUAUCGAGGUAGCUGGAGAACUUGGUGAAUAUUUGAAUGGGAGAGCGGGCGUCUUCGAUUCCAACCUGAAGGCUCCGAAUGUUCCGAUCAGUGUUGUUACAUCGAGUUCGAAGAUACUCCCUCGACUUCGUUCAGGCAUUGCGGACAAAGCUGAGAGAUACCUCGCCGAGGUCGGUGUGUCGGUGAUCAAGGGGACGUCCAUUAAGACUGUAGCCCCUGAAACGGCAGGUACUAAGGAUGUCACCAAAAAGGCAGUGAUAACCCUUGACAAUGGAAAUGUCCUGGAAGCAGAUCUCUAUAUACCGGCCUUUGGCACAGUACCGAAUACAGGGUUCAUUGAUAGGUCUCUUCUUAGUACAGAUGGCCGAGUCAAGACAGAGCCAGGAACGCUACGCGUCGACAAAGCCGGACCUCGCAUUUAUGCAAUAGGAGACGCCUCAUCAUGGGCAAGGCCAGCUGUGCACAACAUCCUGGACGCUGUCCCUGUCCUCGGUGCGAACUUGAGAAGAGACCUGCUGCUUGCCACGGCCCUAAGAGACAUCGUCAUCGAAGGUGACAAAACAUUCAAAGAAGAUACAAGAGAGAUGCAAUUGGUCCCGAUUGGAACGAGCAAAGGAGUCGGUGCGGUCAUGGGAUGGCAGCUGCCGAGUUGGCUGGUCUGGCUCAUGAAAGGUCGAGAUUAUUGGCUGUGGACAACCAGUAGUCUCUGGAACGGUAGGAAAUGGUCAACUCCGUAA